AAUGGUCAAAAUUACUUUUCAAAUCAAUUAAUUUAAUUGCUAGCCACAGCUUGUAUUUACAUAUUUCUGUCAUGAGGUACAAUAAAUGCCUCCUAACAGUACCCAGCCUCCUGUUUAGUCCGAAAUGAGUCUUGAAAUGAACCGCUUCAAAACAUUGAAGCUUGAAUCAGUCUAAUGAUUUGCUGAACUCAACAAAUCCAACCACUACUGAAAAUUAAUUUAUAGCCUUUAUUUUAGCACACCAGUGUUUUAAUUUGUUUUCUAGACAGGACAUAAAUGUAUUGGCUUUUUUAAAAUUUGUAUUUCGCUCUUUUAUUUGCUUAAAACGGAACGCUAGCUGCUACGUUUGCUUAAUAGCGUGUAACCGCAUCCAAAUCAGUUUAUGAUGGAAUCGACAAAUAUAAUUUCCCUUAAAUAAAACGUACAGAAAUGAACAAAAACAUUUUUAUACGCUUCACAUCUUUUUAGAACUUUUUAAUAGAACGUGUUAAUAGAAUUGUUCCAUUAAGGAACGCGUUUGCAACAACAACAACAUUCUUAAGGUUUGUAAUUGACGUCAGUAAAUUAUGCAACUUCAAUAAAUUCAUAAUUGUAUCGUAUAUUUUAGUGUCGGCAGCCCAUGUUAUCUAGUUUUGACGUAACGCCAGCGUUUGGUGGCCCUUCCUUAUUGUACCACAGCUUCCCCAAACACAUCUUUUAAACGACGCUAUUUGCUUUAUGAUGUAAUGAUAUUCCUGCCGAGCGUGCCGGCCAGGAAAAGGGCACUUGCGACGUCUCCUAGCACUAAAUGGAAAGAACUACACAAUAAAGGCGUUAUUUUUGUCUUCGCGCUAAUUAAUAAUAUUCGCCAAAGCGGGAAAUUCACAGGAAGCGGUUACCCUGUCCACUUCUGACCACUUCGCGAGCCACGUGUCCUUAUUGCGGCAAUUAUGGCCAGCUUUAUUUCUGUCAGACAGCAAGCACCGCGAAUUUCCGACGCAAUCGUAACAGUCAGCGAAUGCGCGGCGCGCAACGGUUGCUCGGAGAUCCGCUUGACCUGAUAAACUCAGGUGCAGAGGUUGGGGGAUUACGCCAAAGGUAAAAGACGCGACACCACAGUGACGUCGCGGCGAUAACUGGGACAAAGCGGGAGAAUAUAAAAGCUCUAGAGCCGCAACAUGCACUCCAAAUCUCGUCUGAGGGGAACAACCGUCCACCUGAGAAGAAACAUCAGAGGAUCUACGAGUCUGCCUCCAGGAUGAAGAGCCUGACCGUGAUUGCCGUGAUGUGCUGCUGCUGCUGCUUUCUGCUCGGCCAGGCGAUGCACCUCGCUCGCCCGCGCCCCAAGCCUCUGGACAGCUCCUCCACCUGGAACGACCUCUUCAUGAUGACUAGACGCGCGCAGGUGGAAGACGCGGAGCACGAGACAAGACUGCUUCCAGUGUUCACCGAGGUUAUGCUAAAAGAGGAGAAUUCUUGUUGUGUCAAUGCCAUGAUGCUCAAUUACUAUCUAGACCACAUCUUGCAUGCAGACGAGCACGUUGAUAAAAAAUACCCGCACAUUCGUUUCGUGAGGUCUGACCUGCAGAGAGUCGCAAACAUUUUAAAGCCACACUGUGAAAGCAUCGACUAUUCAGACCACGUGCAUGUUAAGGAAUUCAAGAAGAACUAUAAAACUGCCAGUGAACAGGAACAUGAGAAAACCCGUAACAAAGCAGUCGGAGAGACGAUUAUUCUCUUCCACUACCUCUUUGAAUCCUGCAGUGCAAGAAAUUGACUCUGAAACUGUCCUCCGCAGUAUUGCUUUUUUUAUAUUCAAAGGAUUAUUUAUUACGGAUUUAUUUAUUUUAGGUAUUUAUUGUACGCUAUAUAGAUUUUAAGGAAUGGCAUGAAAACUCUGCUUUCGUGCUACGUGUUGUAAGGUCACAUUUGUGGCUGUUGUUGUGGCUGAGUCGGGCUAAGCGUCCCAAGACAGACCGCUGCAAAGUAAAUGCAUUGUAAAAGCAUUAAAACACAAAGUUAAAAAAAGAUUCAUUUUAUGUAUUUUACAGUAUAUUAAUUUAUCUUUCCCCGUGCAAGAGAUAUGUACGUUUGUUUCAAAAUAAAGUCAUUUAUUUCUCUUUA